UAGACGCCUAGAGAUGGCAACCUCGAAACUCUGCGUUCUGCUACCGUGCGAAACAUUGGAAAGGGAUAGCAGGAUAGCUUUGUGAAAGCUUUUAGUUUCAGUUCUAAAACUAGGUGUGUUGUGGGUGAUGUCCCUUUAAAUAUUUAAUUAAUGAGGAUAUUUACCAACACUUUGGAUAUUUUCACUUGUGUUUGCGUAAACUAGACAACGAGGUGACAAACAUUUGAUGUUGUGAUUUAUCUUGGAUUUAGUUGCGUGUGUUGAACGAGCUUAAAAUGGGUAAAGUUCUGUGUGAAGUAUGCAAGAAAAAAUGUAGUGGCAAUGCUCUUAGAGUUCAAGAUAGAUAUUUCCAUUUAGAUUGUUUCAAAUGUGCAGAAUGUGCUGCAUCUCUUGCUCAAGGAGGGUUUUUUCUUAAUAAAGGUCUAUAUUACUGUUCUAAAGAUUACCAAAAACUAUUUGGUACAAGAUGUGCAGAAUGCAAAAAGUAUGUAGAGGGAGAAGUAGUCACAGCCCUGGGGAAUACUUAUCACCAAAAGUGCUUUGUAUGUGCUAGUUGUAGGCAACCUUUUCCAUCUGGGGAAAAAGUUACAUAUACAGGCAAAGAUAUCCUUUGUACAAAAUGUAUUCAGAUUCCUAUUGUAUCAGCCGAAUCUCCAACCCAAGAAUCUCAAAUACAGAAUGGACCAACUCGUAAAAUAUGUGCUGGCUGUAAGGAAGAAUUAAAAGAAGGACAUGCUCUUAUAGCCUUAGACAAAGAGUGGCAUAUAUGGUGUUUCAAAUGUACUGCUUGUGAAGCUGUGCUUCAUGGAGAGUACAUGGACAAGGAUGGGAUUCCAUACUGUGAAAAGGAUUACCAAAAACAGUUUGGUGUGAAGUGCAAUCAUUGUGAACGAUACAUUAUUGGUAAAGUCCUGAGGGCUGGAGAUAAUCAUCAUUUUCAUCCUACUUGUGCUCGGUGUUCCAAGUGCGGGGAUCCUUUUGGUGAUGGAGAAGAAAUGUAUUUGCAAAGUGGGGCUAUUUGGCAUCCUCGUUGUGGACCCUCUCCUGAUGGAAAAUUGGAUGAUGAUUUUGAUGAUGAUCACAAAUCAAAUGGUAUAUUAGAUGGACAUUACCCGCCCUAUUCCCCUAGUCUUUCAAGUNCAUUAAAACUGGAAACCCCUUCUCUCGCUGCUCUUCAAUCCAUUUCGCCAAAUCAUUUUCCAAUUGAGGAAAUUUUACAACUCCAGAUCUUCUUGCACGAUUUUGCUGGGUUCUACAAGUUUCAAUACAAAAAACUCUUUAAGGAUGGAAUUCCAUACUGUGAAAAGGAUUACCAAAAGCAGUUUGGUGUGAAGUGCAAUCAUUGUGAACGAUACAUUAUUGGUAAAGUCCUGAGGGCUGGAGAUAAUCAUCAUUUUCAUCCUACUUGUGCUCGGUGUUCCAAGUGCGGGGAUCCUUUUGGUGAUGGAGAAGAAAUGUAUUUGCAAAGUGGGGCUAUUUGGCAUCCUCGUUGUGGACCCUCUCCUGAUGGAAAAUUGGAUGAUGAUUUUGAUGAUGAUCACAAAUCAAAUGGUAUAUUAGAUGGACAUUACCCGCCCUAUUCCCCUAGUCUUUCAAGUUCUCGUUCCACAAGUCCAUAUAGUUCACUUACUAGACAGUAUGGAAGAACUAGUCCUGGUAUGUUCCUCGAAAAGGAUCCUUUAAUAACAGAUUUAAGCAGAGUUUACACAUUUAGUUAUUUAACGUCUGAACCUACUCAAGGAUAUCUAAGGCGUCCUCUACAGCCUCAUCCUCCCAAAUCUCCGCAGUUUCACCGACCUCCAGAUACUGGUGGUAGUGGUCGAAGAAGAACUCCUAUUUCUCGACCUGCUUCUAAACAAGGAAUGCAGGUCUUAGUUGAUACUAUUCAAUCAUCAACACCUAGACCACGUUCUCCUCACAUGAAUAAUGAAGAACCAAUUGAAUUAGCUCAUUAUCCAGAUGCUGUUAAACCUGAUCCAAAAUAUGUUCCUCCUAUUGAAAGGGAUGAUUUUCCUGCUCCUCCAUUUCCUUACACAGAUCCUGAGAGAAGAAGGCGUUGGAGUGGCGGCUCUAAAGAUUAUGAACCUGAUGAGAAUGGUGAUGAAACAGAUUGUGACCCACGUCUGAAAAAAGAAGAACAAGAGUUGUCUAAAAUUGCUACUGGUAUAGGAAAGGUAUUUUUGAAAAAUGUUCAGGAGCGUGAAAAGUUGAAAGCAUGGAAAAAAGCCAAUCUUGAUCCUAGAAAUGCAUCAAGAGUUCCAUCAGCCAAUAGGGAGCCACCUGCUAGAUUACGUUAUUAUAGUUCAAUUAAUGCUUCUCCUUCUAGGGACAUUGAUAGACCUAGACCUUGGGAAGAUGAUGAAUUUGAUCGCAGCUCAGGGUAUCGUUCUUCUCUGGGACGUUCUUCGGGUAAUACGCCAUGCUACAAUGUUGUAUCGUCUCUUCGACCGAUACCAAAACCUGGUUAUGGCUUUUCAACUAAAUCAGCAACUUUACCGGCUGCCGGAAGAGAAGGAGGAAUGGGUUUUAUGACUAGUGAUUUAUCCUUUGUUAAAAUUCAACCAACACAAAGUUCAGAAUUUGGAAGUGGCAAGUCUGAUCUGUCACCCACACCAGAACAAGGAAAACUUACUGUGAAUCACAACACUUCUGCAACCUUCAGAUCAACCCCUUAUUCAGAAGGUUUUACUUUUCGUCAUGCAUCCUACAGUCCUCACUUGAGGCGGUCUAUGCCAAAUGUAAAUUUACAAAUGUCUAUGGAACCUCCUAAGGUUAGUAUUUUCUAACAGUGGAUUGAGUGUCACUAACAAAACCAGUCGAUUUUUAUAAUCAUAUCUUCAUGAACAGAAUCAUUACAGUAUCAAAACAUGCCAAAGAUCAUUCAAUUAAA